UCAUAUAAGGUUUCCGAGGAUGUUGGCUUGAACACGUUGUAAACAGCCGUAGACAGGCAGUUGGAUGCAGACCUACUGAGGAGAGAUCCGAUGGGCUUCUGAUCAGUUGUCCGCGGGCACAUGGUGGCACCGACAGUCAUAUAUCCGGGUCUUAGUCAGAUUUGCUCUGGCAUCUAUUAUGCUGUUUCGUCAUGGCGCUGGCUCGAUAUCUGCGAGUCUUGCUUGAAUUGUUAUCCAAACUACUGCCGUUUCGUCGCUGGACGACAGUGUUAGCUGGACGAGUCAUACAUCUACUCUCGCAUGCGUCGCAAUAUUUCAGAAAGACGCUUCUGCGUGCAGGGAAGCCGAACAAGAGGCAAGACAGAACGAAGUAUCCAGACGAUGGAUUGUUUGGCAAAGACAAGACCAUGUUCCAGGACAAGGAUGCGGAGCAGGACAUCUAUUCGAGUAAUGUGCCCGGCUCUUUACUUGAUCCUCGUACAGCCCACCGCAGCACGGCAGGACCGUUGCACACAGAAACACCAGCCAACACAUCCACUAUCCACGCCAAUCCCCGGGGCAGUCAAAUCUCGAUCUCCAUCCAAAGUGCUUCCAGUGACGAGGCUUCUAGCCAUGUUGAUCGUUUCUCCCUGAGUUGCCAUGGCUCGAUAACCGGAGAACACGGCGGUGUCGUCGCCACCGAAGUCUUUGAUGAGGACGAAGACCGCCUUCGCCCUCCAUCGUCUCGUCCUUCGUCCCGCACCUCCUCACGUCAGGUGGACCGACUUGAGCAGGUCAUCACGCAUUCCACAUCGCCUCGCGCACAGUUACGGGCCGGAACACGGACGCGGCUGCGCUCUGCACCUUCUCGUUCGUUCAAAUCGUCUGGUAGUGCACUCUCAGUAGCCACGUAUGAAAGCGGGAAGUCGAAGGCAGAGAGCCAGGUGCUUGCAGUGCCCGCCGGUGAUGCGCUGUCUCUCAGAUCUUCUGCACGUAUUGCACAUCCAAAAGAGGCAGUGGAGACGUAUCCUGUUCUGUGGACGGAAAGAUAUGAUAGAAAGAGGAUUCUGGAAAACCGUGAAUUUAAAUGGGAAACCAAGGCCAUGAAUAUGACAUACCCACUUGAAGGCAAGCCCGAGGGUUGGGAGGCCUUGACACAUCCAGAAGGGCAGUUGUAUUUCUUCCAUCCGACCAGAUUGAUAUAUACAGAUGAAUACCUGUGUGACCCAAACGUCUUGCGCGAAAUUGAAGACUUCGUGGCUGUGUUGGAUCGCAUCGUCGAAGAACAAAACAUCCAGCUUCCACCUGGUGCAGAGCUCGUCCUGGAUCUUCGGACCGAUCCAGAGACAGAGGAACGCUAUUGGUGCUAUUACUAUGUUAAUCACAAAGAUAGGGUCCUGUUCUGGAUACAGGAUUAUGAGGUGACCAGACGACUGGGUCAAUUGAAGGGAAUAUACUCCGCCACGCAUAUAAAGCUGGGAAUAGAAGAAUACUACUGGCUGCAUUGGGACACGUACCCCUACAAUCAUGAGCCGUCCUAUCAACUAAUGACCGAGCUUAAAUGCAUCGUCACACACGCCAACGCAGAUUUGCUUACAUCAAACACCACAACGCUGACGUGGAACACGGAUGAAUUGUACAAGAUGCUCGCCAUAGUGAAGGAUUUGGAAGGUCUUGGCUGUAAUCAAUGGACCGCUUGUGUGGUUGCUCAUCACAGAUACCUGAAUCACCAUGGACAGAAAGCAGCGCGUCUUGCUAGAGAUCAAAGUCUCUUUGGAGACGUGCAUACCUCCAGAUCCCCAUUGAUCGCGCUGAUUGCUCCUCUCUUGUUUUAUUCACCGAUGACGCACUUGAAUGCACUGGACAAUCUGUUUAUCGACGGCGUUAUUAGUAUCGUUCCAUGGACACAAUUCAUCGGUAAACUGCAGAACGACUGGACCGAGCAGGUCUUGACGGCAACUGUGUUGUUGAACGCAAACAUUUCCUUCAUGACAAUCACUGACGUGGACGAUGGCACCAACCCGCGUACCUGGGCCCAAGUCGUCAGCUUCGUGUCAACGAUUGCUAGUAUUGGCAGCACAAUCGUGGGGCUGCUGUUGCUACGGCAAUACAGGUUGAAACCGAAGGACACAUCGCAAGACGCCGUGAACUACUUGACCAGCCGGAAGCAUCCAACGCUUGGCUUGGAGACGUUGGCCAUCAUGUAUAGCUUGCCAUACGCACUGCUCAUGUGGGGGAUGAUUACGUUCCUGGCUGCUUUUGCCUGCGAAUGCUUCGUCCAACACGAUGCUAGAUCAACGAUUGUCAGUGCCGUAGCCUGGGGUCUCGUAGGCAUGCUCCUUGCCUGGUACAUCUACACCGCUUGGGAGGGUGGGGACGUUUCGAUCAGGGUACAGCUCGGCGAACUAUGGACCAGCGCACGGCUAAGGAUAUCGAAGGUUGCAGAUGUCAUGCGCAUUUCGAGCUGGCAUGCGGUAUUCCGCCCAAGUUCUUCGCACACGCUUACCCCGGACAUCCGGGAGCUCCAUACGUGCUAAUGCACUUCGCGACUACCUUGCGUUGCUGCUCGCUGCACUGAUCAUGAUGACUCGUUACUCGAUCUCACGAUGCUCAGGGAUACCCGUCACUGAUCUAUCGCUAUCUGCUUCUGUAAAUUGCUUU